AUGCCGACCUUUCCUACGAAACAUCCUCCGGGCUGUGAUUUCGCCACAACAGCAGUAGACCCUGGCGAUCCCGAAGGUUUCUUAAGAAGGUGCUCAGGCCAUAACAAGAAGACCAAAUUGCGCUGCAACGCGGUUAUCGGAAAGAAAUCACAGUCAUCUUGCCGUCCCAAGUUUUUACCCACCUGUCAUACUCAUCGCGAUCAACAAAGCCUUACCGGAUGGUGCCAGUUCAGACAUCCCGACGGAGAAAGAUGCCCAGUAUUGUUUAGAUGGGUACCGCCAUACUUUGAGCUCUGCGCCGAGCAUCAAGGCCAUCCCGAUAUGCCCUGCUACUUCUUGAAGCUCCCGCUUGAACUCCGUCACGAGAUCUUCCGCUACCUGCUGCCCUCCGACUCAAUUGGCUCGUCAAGUGCUGGUGUCCAUCAUGCUAAGGAGGAUGCAACUCGAAACGGUUCUCUCGCUAUUCCGUCUGGCCCGGCGUCAAGCAGCACACGCCCCCGUUGCGUGCAUUUCCAGCAAGCGGCACCAUAUGCUUUCUACGAACACUAUCACGAUGCGUUUCCCAUGCCUCUUGUGGAUCUACUCUUGAUCAACCGUCAUAUCCAUGCAGAAGUCAGGGGCUUGCUUUACAGCAUCAUUGCGUUCAAGAUCGAUGUUCGUAAGGAUGGGACGUACAUGUGCGGGAGAAGACUGUUGGAGCCUAGGAGGCCAGAUGGCUGUCCGCACGUACCUGUAGAUGAGACUGAAGAUGGGAAAGAUAUGUUCCUCAAAACCUUUGACUGGGCUGCGGUCAAGAACUACAACGUUGACAUCUUGGUGGAGUCGUGGAUCACUCCACAGAUGCCACACGGUUGGAUGCGGCCGGCCGACUCUUCCUGGGAUGAAGAAGUCGAGAUAUACGAUAUUCGAGACUACGUGAGUGUUGUUGUCUCGGGCAUCCUUGGGAAAGCGCGGAAUCUGUGCAAACUACAAGUCCGUCUGUGUCUAGCAGACUUCGAGUGGACGUUUGAUCAAGUUCUCACCAACACGAAGCUGAUCGUAGGCCCAUUCGAGCGGCUCCGAAACGUCCGCCAACCACGGUUCGCAGGUGUUUUCUUCGGCAAACCAGACUCGCACAUGGUCCACAUCCGGCGCACAAGAUGUUCUCGACGCACACAAUGCUCCCCCUCGAACCGGCCACACUGCUCCCCCUCAAUAUACUCCGUCCCUCCCCUGCCAACACAAAAAACCGUCCUCGUCGCAGGCAUGCCCCUAUUCGACGCCUACACCGCCGACUGGGAACACCGCAUAUCCUCCAACGCAUCCUCCUCCGUCGUGAAAAACUCGCCCAUCCGCGCAAUGUUCACAGCAUUCAAGGACUUCUACAGCAAGCUCGCCCUCAUCCACGCCGACGUGACGCGCAAAAGCGGGCGAAACAGCUUCCUGCACCGCGCGCGCGUGGCCCGCGAGCAAGAAGACGUCGACGCCUUCCGCCUCCUCCGCAACGAGCUAAUCCAAUACUGGCACGCGUACGUCGAGCAGGAAGAGCGCAAGAAAAACGACAUGAACAUGCGCCUGAACCGCAUGCUGGGCGCGGACAUCUACCCGUCCCAUGAGUGGGACGACACCCGCUCGCGACGCAGCUCCGCUGCUACAACGCAGACGAGCACCGCGCACUCCCCCGUGCUCAUGAGCGUAGAGACUAUGACUAAGGAGGGCAUCCCCAUGACGGGCAAUCAGCACGUCGCUCACCCGCUCGACGAGAACACUCGCCUCUAUCUCGUCGCGCAGGCGCAGGCUAAGGCGAAUGCGAGGGCUCAGGCUAAGGCCGCGCAGUACAAUCCGCCAGAGUGCUCCGUCACGGAUCCGUACAACGCGUCGUAUAUGUCGGUCUUCGACUCGCGCUCUCCGCCUUUGCCCGCGGUGUCUGGUAAGGCUGGUUUGGAUCGUGGUGCGCGGAACGGCGACCCGGGGCCGUCGACGGAGAGGAAGCGUGCGUUUGGGUCUGGGUCCGGGUCCGGGUCCUCAUCUUCGGUUGACGGCGGGAAUCGUAGCUCCGGGUCUGGUUCUGGUUCUGGUUCUACUUCUACUUCUGUUUUUACUUCUACACCUUCUUCUACUUCUGGAUCUGGAUCUGAUGGCGUGAGUGGGGGUGCAGUAGAGACGGAAAAAGCGUAUAUUGGUAAGGGGAAAGGCAGGAUGUCGGUCAAUAAUGUGGAUGUGAGGUAUUCUUGA